GGGGGUGGAGGGGAGGGGAAGAGCCAUCCGUGUGCGCGACGUCUUCCCGCGUGGGUUCACUCCUCGCUCGACACGCCAUGCUCCUGGACGCAGGACCCCAGUACCCCGCCAUCGGAGUCACCACCUUCGGCUCCACUCGGCAUCACUCGGCGGCUGCGGCGGCGGCGGCUGCGGCGGCGGCGGCGGGCGAGGCGUCGGAGCGCGAAGUGGCGCUGGGCAUCAACCCCUUCGCGGACGGCAUGGGCGCCUUCAAGAUCAACCACGGCGCGCACGACGGCGGCCAGACGGCGGCCUUUUCCGCGCAGGCGCCCGGCUACGCCGCCCUGGGCCACCACCACCAUCACCACCACCACCACCCGGGCCACGUGGGCUCCUACUCCACCUUCAACUCCACGCGGGACUUUCUGUUCCGCAACCGCGGCUUCGGCGAGGCGGCGGCGGCGGGCGCGCAGCACAGCCUCUUCGCCUCCGGGGGCUUCGCGGCGGCGGCGGCGGCGGGCGCGCACGGACACUCGGAGGCGGCGGCGGCGCACCUGCUCUUCCCGGGGCUCCACGAGCAGGCGGCGGGCCACGCCUCCUCCAACGUGCACGUCAACGGCCAGAUGCGGCUGGGCUUCGGCGGCGACGUGUACGGCCGCGAGCAGUACGGCCACGUCAGCAGCCCGCGCUCCGACUACGCGCCCACGCCGCUCCACGGCUACGGCGCCAUGAACAUGAACAUGAACAUGAACAUGAACAUGAACAUGAACAUGAACAUGGCCGCGCACCACGGCGCCGGCGCCUUCUUCCGCUACAUGCGGCAGCCCAUCAAGCAGGAGCUCAUCUGCAAGUGGGUCGAGCCCGAGCAGCUGGCCAGUCCCAAGAAGUCCUGCAACAAGACCUUCAGCACCAUGCACGAGCUGGUCACGCACCUCACCGUGGAGCACGUGGGCGGCCCCGAGCAGACCAACCACAUCUGCUUCUGGGAGGACUGCUCCCGGGAGGGCAAGCCCUUCAAGGCCAAGUACAAGCUGGUCAACCACAUCCGCGUCCACACCGGAGAGAAACCCUUCCCCUGUCCCUUCCCGGGCUGCGGCAAAGUCUUCGCGCGCUCGGAAAACCUGAAAAUCCACAAACGGACGCACACCGGAGAAAAACCCUUCAAGUGCGAGUUCGACGGCUGUGAUCGACGCUUCGCCAACAGCAGCGACCGGAAGAAGCACAUGCACGUACACACGUCCGACAAGCCCUACUUGUGCAAAAUGUGCGACAAGUCCUACACGCACCCCAGCUCGCUGCGCAAACACAUGAAGGUCCACGAGUCCAGCAACCCCGCGUCCCAGCCCUCCCCCGCCGCCAGCUCGGGCUACGAGUCGUCCACGCCGCCCACCAUCGUGUCCCCGUCCGCGGAGAACCAGAGCGGCGGCGGGGGCGGCGGGGGCAGCUCCUCCAUAUCCCCGGCGGCCCCCGCGGUGCACCACACGGCUGGCCACGGCACCCUCUCGUCCAAUUUCAAUGAAUGGUACGUGUAAAUAAACAACAACAACAACAACAACAACAAGACUUUUUUGGACUUUGCAAAGAAUUUAAAAAAAAAAGGACGAAUGCAUGGACCAACAUUAAAAAAAAAAAAAAAAAAUUGUUAUUUUU